AUCCACCAUAUGGAACUAGGAAACAACACAAGAAUUUCAGAAUUUCUUAUACUGGGAUUUUCAGAUGACCCAGAACUGCAGCCCCUCAUAUAUGCACUUUUCCUGUCCAUGUACUUGAGUGCUGUGCUUGGGAACCUGCUCAUCAUCCUGGCCAUCAUCUCUGACUCACACCUGCACACUCCCAUGUACUUCUUCCUCUCCAACCUGUCCUUUGUGGACAUCUGUUUCACCUCCACCACCGUGUUCAAGAUGCUGGUGAACAUCCAGACCCAGAGCAAGAUCAUCAGCUAUGCAGGCUGCAUCGCCCAGAUGCACUUCUUCUUGCUCUUUGGAGGGUUGGACAAGUUCCUCCUGGCUGUGAUGGCCUAUGACAGGUUUGUAGCCAUCUGUCACCCCCUGCAUUACACAGUCAUCAUGAACCGCCCACUCCGUAUGGUGCUGGUGUUGGUGUCCUGGGUCAUGAGUGUCCUGCACGCCUUGUUACAAAGCCUGAUGGUGCUGAGGCUGUCCUUCUGUACUGACUUGAAAAUCCCACACUUCUUUUGUGAACUCAAUCAGGUAGCCCAACUUGCCUGUUCUGAAAACUUUUUAAAUGACCUUGUGAUGCAUUUUGCACCUGUGCUACUGGGUGCUGGUUCCCUUGCUGGUAUCAUUUACUCUUACUCCAAGAUCGUUCCCUCCAUAUGUGCAGUCUCAUCAGCUCAAGGGAAGCAUAAAGCCUUUUCCACCUGUGCAUCUCACCUCUCAGGUGUCUCCUUAUUUUAUGGCACUGGCCGAGGUGUGUACCUUAGUUCUGCCACAGCCCGUAGCUCACACUCAAGUGCAGCAGCCUCAGUGAUGUACACUGUGGUUACUCCUAUGCUGAACCCCUUCAUCUACAGUCAGAGGAAUAAAGAUGUAGAGAGAGCUCUGAAAAGACUCUCUGGAGGGGAACUUUAGAAGGGCCCAUUGGACAUGGCUGAAGAAGUGCCCUUGCUGGCUGCAUUCUAAUCCUCAGAGUUGGAAAUUGUGAUUCUU